UUUUGAAUUCCAAAUCCUGUAACGUUUCCCCAACAGCUCCAACAGCUCCAAGCCCGCUGUAACAGCUCCAAACCCAAUGCCGUUAGGUCCUCGUUACCGUGCACGCACCGCAGGGCAGCCACAAAUUUCCAACGCACUCGUUUCCUUUCUUACAUUUUCGCAUCGAGGACAAGGCUGGGACGGCGAUCGUGCAUUGCCUUCAGAUAAUGUUUCUCGGAGCGGAUUUUCUCUCUUCCCUUCUUCCAUUUUGACAUCGAGGACGACACUGCGAAAGUAAUUGUGUAUUGCUUUUUUCUCGGAGCGGGUGCUUGAGCAGCGAACGCUAGUCGGCGGCGAAUGUUUUGCAUGGGGCGAGUGGAGAGGUGCGAUUCGAACUGUGAUAGCCAGGAGACUUUACUGCUCUGCUCUAAGUUGAUUUAAGAAAGCAACAAGCUUGUUGCUGGGUAUGCAGAUAGAUAGAUGCCUGAGUCGAGAAUUUAUUUUUCUUUUAUGAUUCGCCCAUAUGGCUGGCACAUUAUCAGCAUCGAUCCAUGAUCAGAGGUAUUUGGAUCCAAAUAGAUCAGCCUCACAAUGCCUCGUCUCUCCCCUUGGAGUUGGCUUGCAGUAUUUGCAGCAUUUGAAGCAGCUCGUGAUUGGCGGUUUGAAGCUUGCACCACAAUGCACUCCGGAGCUGAGUGAGGAGAAGUAACAAUGGGUAUGGAACUAAAGUCCACACUUCGUGUACUCUAGUUUUAUAUUGUAGUUUGACGCGAUGUGUAGUUGGACAAAUGCCUCAAUAGUUUAUUGACUCGAAAUAUUAGCUCAAUAUUUCGAGGCGAGUUAUAGUAUGACAAGGGUGUACAAUCUAGAUUAUUAGAGAAUCAUGUGUAUUUUAAUUUCGGUUUGCUUUCAACAACAGAAGUUGUCGAAGCAAGUAAAGUCAAAAUAUCUUCUCUUCUCCGUAGCAUAUGAGUAGUUGGUAGGUCCGGAAUACUGGGUGAGGAAAGUUUACUCUAUCACAGUUUUAAUAAUACUCUAUCACAGUCUUAAUAAAGCAAAACGCCAAAACGCCAAUGACGUUUUGAAGAUUAA